AUGCGCUCCAUUCUAAAAAAAAAAUUCAGCCAUAUUGGUGUGUUGUAUCGCUGUUCUCAGUGAUUUCGAAGCUCAGCUAAGAAGAUAGUACAUCAUGACGGAUUCCAUGAAAUUUGGUCCAGAAUGGUUGCGCACUGGUGGUAGUGGUGGAGGUGGUGGAGGAACCACAACAUUGAGUACACCUCGGUAUCAAUUGGCAGAGCAUAGAUACGGUCGAGAGGAGAUGCUGGCUCUAUUUGAUCGCAAUUAUAAACCUCCAGAGCCUCUAACAACUUUUCCAGCAUUGUAUGUAGAGAAAACUCAACCUCCAUUGGCUCUUGUACAGAUGACAGAGGAUGAAACGCGUAUGUGGAAUGGGGGGAUAACUAAUAUCGGUAGUCGUGGAAGAGGCAGCAGUGUGGAUCGUGGACGUGGUAGAACUGGAAGAGGAGGCUUAUAUUCAUCUCAUUAUUCACGCGGAGUUGGUUUCGGAGACGAUUCUGGUGAUGGGAUACGAAUUGAGGGUCAAUCAUUCCAGGGAAGAAAUAGGCCAUUCGAUAGAUCUCAAAGCGAACGCGGUUGGCCGGAGAGAAAUGGUGCUUCAGAUCCAGGAGAAUGGAACGGUUCCACUAGUCCGAGAAAAGAACUAAGUCGUGGAACUAGCGGUAGCUCCCUUAUGGAAAGUAAUUGGAGACGCCAUCGCGGAGGGGGAGAAGACGAUGACGGUUGGCGUAAGUGGGGAAGGAGUAGUUGGCGCGAGGGUGGCAGUAUAGAUCGGGAUAGGCUGGACAGAAAUGAUGGUGAUGGGGAAGAAAGUAGAGGUGGUGGAUCGGGAAGAUGGGAACAUCGGGGAAAUCACAGACCUUCCCAUGAUUCAAGUCACCAUCCACCACCUCGUACUGCUCGCGCUUGGGAAUCAAAUCAUCAUGAUAAUCACGACAAUCUGCCAGAAUGGGCGACGGAAAAUCCGAGCGAAAGCGGCGGCAGUUUUGACGCUUCAGGCGCGUUUCAUGGUGGAAUGUAUUCAGACGACGAUGAAGACGGUGCAGCGGGUGCUUCCCAAGGCAGAACUCGACGCGUCUCGGAAGGCAGUGCUUCUAAUAUAGUGAAAUCUAAUAACAAGACAUUGACUUUCGGAACAGGUUCUGUCCAAUCAUUGAAUCGCCAUACAAAUAAUACAGUCGGUACUACAUUAAGUAAGGAACGAUCGAAACCGUUAGAUUCAGUCGAGGAUAAGGAUAAUUCUAUAGGAAAAGAGAGAAAAUGUAACUCGCCCUCCGCUAAACCUCCAAUUACAUCGACGACUGAAGACAUUCCCGCGAAGAUCUUAACGACACCUUCGGAUCUUUUGCAGAAGAAGACUGUCAUCGGAUCUGCAAAUGUGAAUAAAGUCGAGACUAGUGAGAAACCUGAUGAACCUCCAAGUGGAACUCACGAUAAAGAAAACAUACAGCCACAAGAAGUUAAAAAAGAGUCCCAAAUAACUGUUACCACAACUAAUCGACAGAUUCAAGCAAUUUUGGAGCAAUCGAAGCUGCAUAAUUCAGGAAUUGUCAGCAUCAGGCAGAGAUCAGAGGACGACUAUGAUAGAAUGAAAGAAGAGGCUGAUGCAUUGGUAGCCAAAUUAAUGGCAGAUGAAGAGAGUCACAAAGAGAAAACGAUUGCUACCGGUGUCCCGUCCGCGAUUGGCAGUAAUCAACCUUCCGCAGUUUCCUCUACGAGUAAUCAGGAAAAAUGGUAUUAUCGUGAUCCACAGGGUGAAGUUCAAGGACCGUUUUUAGCUAGUGAAAUGGCCGAGUGGUGCAAGGCCGGUUAUUUCACUACGGGCUUGUUGGUGAGAAGAACCUGUGACGAAAGGUACGCUACACUCGGUGAUCUAAUUAAAAUGUACGGAAGAGUACCCUUCACGCCUGGUCUGCCAAUACCUCCUUUGAAGCUAUCGGAACAAAUAAUUCCGCCUGUUCCUACUACUAUACCAGCUGGACUAGCCGCUAGUGCUAUACCGAAGGCCGGAAUAGAGGAUCCGAUACUGUUGAUGACAUAUCAGCAAAUGCAGAUGAUGCACAAUCAGCAAAUGCUGCUUAGGCAGAUGAGAACAUCGGCGAUAGCAAAGUUGUCUCAAUCGGAACACUGGACAACGUUGAGUCCAGUAGAGCAGAACCAAUUGAUUCUACAAUAUGUCAUACAGGACGGAAUGCAAGAGAUUCCGGAAGUUCCGAUAGCAACAAACCCAUUUGUACCUCACCUUGCAUCGCAGACGGCUAAUCCUGUUAUGCAACUUUUCACUCAGAUGCAGCAGGCAAAAACGCAGCCCGAGACACAUCUACCGACAAAUCCGCAUGCAACCGCAUCGUCUCAUCCGGCUACAGUAGAUCCACUACAACAGUUGAUCCAACAGAUGGGUAAUAUACAGAAUUUGCCUACCAUACAACAACCAAAUAUCGCUCCGACUCCUGCGCCGACGCAAGAAGACAAUCCAAUUAAAUCUCUGCUACGUCAACUUAAUGUCAACACAAAUGGCCAUCCGCAAGCACCUCAUAUGGAUACUGUCUGGCCGCAACCUCCGCCGCAAAUAGCUCCCCAGUUUAAUGCGCAGAAUUGGUUAGCGCAGGUUGGGCCCAUUCCCGCUAUGCCACCUGGACAAUUACCUGGUUCUCUGUGGGAUUUACAUGCUAAAGAUAUGAAAACUGAACAGCAAAUACUGGAAGAACAGAAUUUAAAGUUACAAGAGGAUAGGAAAAAAGAAGAGUUAAAGAAGCAAGAAGAAUUGCAACGUCAAGCGGAGGAAGAGAACGCAAAGAGAAAGCAAAAGGAGGAGGAACAGGCUAGACAAGUAGAAGAAGCGAAGCGUAAAGACGAAGAGAGAAAGAAAAAGGAAGAAGAGAAGAAACGAAAAGAGGAAGAGAAACGCAAACAAGAAGAAGAGCAGAAAAAGAGGGAGGAAAAAAAACGUAAAGAAGAGGAGAAAAGGCGCGAGGAGAAGAGAAAGCAAGAAGAAGAGAAUUUGAAGAAAAAACAGGAAGAGGAAAAAAGAAAGCGGGAAGAACUUAAAAAACAAGAAGAGAAAUUGAAGAAGGAAGAAGAGAAGAGAAAAAAAUUGAUGGAGGAAGAGCAAAAGAAGGAAGAAGAGAGACUUAGAAAAGAAGUGGAAGUGCGACGACAAGUAGAAGCGGAAGAACAGGCGCGUCGCACGGAACAACGGCGAAGAGAAGCCGAAGCACUACGUAAACUUCAGGAACGAAAUAAAGCUCCAUGGGCUCAGACUCCACGCGCGAUGGCUCCUGCCGCUCAUACAGCUUCACUCGCUGAGAUUCAAAGAUUCGAGAGAGAGAAGAAAGCGGAAGAGCAACGGCUUCAACAAAUGAUGCAGCAACAAUUAGCGCAGCAAAAGGCGAUAGAAGCGGCACAAGAAGCAUCGACAACCGAUUCGUCGAAGCGAUUACAGUUUAAAUGGGCGGAAAAGGCUACCGCUUCCAAUAAACCGCUCCAAGUGAAAAGUCUCGCGCAAAUCCAGCAGGAGGAACAAGAACGCAUCACUAAGGUAAAGCAACAGGAAAGGGAACGGCAAGAAAAGGCCGGUCAAAAGGAAUCGGCAAGUAUGCUGCAGAAUGCCGGAAUAUGGGGUACAGCAUCACAAUGCUUGAAUUGGGCCAAUUCGAGUACAUCGAAUAGCCAAGCAUGGUCCAUUAAUGCUGGUAAUAGUGGUUUCUGGGAUGAUCCCACGCCCGUCAAGUCGUCUGCGACUGUAAAGCAAUCGGCUGCCAAACAAACUGCGAUCACGAAAUCCAGCACUUCUAAUCAGCAACAGCAGCAGCAACAACAACCUCAACAGAAUAGUAACAAUAAGGCAUCCAAGAGCAAAAACAAGAGGGAGGAAGAACUGGUGAAGAAACUAUUUGAACAGAACACUGCCAAGCCCGAUGAUUUUACGCAAUGGUGUAAUAAAACGUUGAGCGGUAUACAAGCGUCUGUGGACAUCCCUACAUUCGUUGGAUUCCUGCGGGACAUAGAGUCAGCUUACGAGGUGAAAGAGUACGUUCGCGUUUACCUUGGCGAUACCAAACAGAGCACAGAAUUUGCCAAGCAAUUCUUAGAGAAGCGAAGUAAAUGGCGAUCUGCGCAACGUCCUCAAGCACAAGCGGACGAUCUGUGCAAGCCAGCGCCAGCCGUUAAUCCGAAUGCAUCUGCAGAAUUUCAAGAAGUGAAGGGAAAAUCCAAGAAACCAAAGAAAGGAAAGAUGUUCAAGGUGGACAACAGGAUUCUUGGCUUUAGCGUAACCGCGGCCCCUGAUCGUAUUAACGUAGGUGAUCGCGAUUAUGGUGAAGGAGUCUGAGCUGUUUCGCCAAUUUACCUCACGGAAAUGAUGCGACGCUCUCGAUUUACACAUUGCAAAUGGUUCGUUAUUUAUUUAUUGUAUAUGCCAAACGGGUGCUGCUGAGAAGAAUCACCCACCACGGGUAAUCUCUUGAAGCAUACAAAUACUUUACGAUCCAAGGAGGAAUUCGAUCGUUCUUCAAUCGUCGAUGACAGGACCGUGGCUGAGCGUGGCGUUAUUUUCUUAUUACAUUAAAUGGAAAAAACUCCAUUGUACAUAUUACUCAAAGAUGAAUAUUUCAGAAAGAGGACGAACUUACUUUUUCCUAUGUAUGUACGCGCGACAAUUAAAGUUGGAAACUUUUAUAACAUUUCAUCAUCAUCAUCACCAUCAUCACUUAAAUCCCUAAGCCAAGACGAUAAAAGAAAAAGGGAGAGAAAAUAUAUACAGAGAUAAAACGAGCUCUGGCAGUCAAUAGCAAUAUGUGUAUGUAAAGGUGUUCGACGAAAAAAGAAUAUAUAUAUACAUACACACACAUGUAUUAGAACGUGCUCAUGUUGUGAGAUCGCGAAAAACACUGUCUCAAGUACUGAAUAUAUAUGCGGUGCGUCAGUAUUUGCCCUCGCUGAAUCCUAUGGAUUUUCCGCUUUGUCGCAGAUAUAUUCAUCGAGAAGAAAAGAUUCGCGCACUUUGUAUUAUUUAUACAACAGAUUUUAUGAAUGAUUUAAUCCAUGCAUUUCGAGCACGGAAAAAUCUCUUCCUUUACUUUUUUAAUAUUUUUCCGCCGUCAUAAUAUACUGCAAUCAUAAUAACGAUACUGUAAGCAGAAUUUCAUGUACACACAACAGUAGUUGCAUACGCAAAUAUUAAUAAUAGAACGGAGACUCGCGUUACUCUUUGCAACAACGAAUGAGCAGUGAAAAAGAGAGAAACAGAGAGAUUCAAAAUACUCUUUCGUGACAGUAGGAGUAUAAUUAUGAAAUAAAACUAGCAAUUCAGCAUAGCACUCUUGAUUAGAAACUUUUUGGUUUUGCAGUAGAAAUGAAGCAAUAGCGAUUUAAAAGCGAUAUUUGCAUUAUUAAUUCCACACAAUCUCGACAGCGUAGAUAAAAUCGUGACAUCACUGAUAACCGCAUGUGUGGAUCUCACUCGUCGUAGUCUUCUUGUAGUCGAUCUAAUAAGAAAAACUUGAAAAGACUCGAAAAACUUACACGGGGAGACUUAAAUGACAUAAUACGUGAUCAGAGAGGCGGAGUACUUUUUUGUAAAGUUUUAUUUUAUAACUCUCUUGUAAGUGUCGUAGUUAAAGAUCCGUAAAGGGGAACCUUUUUAGCACUUUUUAAAGACAUUCGUUUCAUUAUAUCUUAAGUGGACUAAUAUGCAUCAAGAGAUGCGAUAUUGAAUAAGCGUGUAAUGUUGUGACACAGAUCUGACCACUCGUAAUAUUAUGAUGCUUGUUAACGAAGGUUCAUUGAUUUUCUCUUAUCUAAGAGCAUCUAACAUAAGAGAAAAUCAUAGAUCCUUACACGUGAAAGAUUUAUGUAUAAAUAGAAGAUUAAUGUACAGAGUAUACGCGCGGCGAUUAAACAGACGAAAGCGAUAAUUAAAAAAUUAACAUUGUAUCAAUUCUAUAAUUGUAUUUAACAUACAACUAAUUGAAAUAAAUAUUUUUAACUUUAAUUUCUUAUCAUUUUGUAUAAAUUUUAAUUAUACAUAAUUUUAAUUUUGUUAUAAAUCGCAGACUUGAUAGAAUACUCCACAAUACACAACAACGCGUAAUGAAUUUUUAUUUAAAAGUACGAAUGUAACUUUUUUUCUCAUAUAAGUCGAUAUAAUAUAUAUUUCGUACACUUGUAUACUCUGUAUGUGCAGAUGAUAACUUGAUAGUCGAACGAAAGUAUGGCAGAUUUUUGAUCGCAGCGUUCAAAAAAGAGAGAAAAAAAUGAAAUUAUUUAUCGCUUCUUAUAAAAAGAGGAAAAAAAUACUCGCGAAAAAUAUCGAUUAUAUUAACGCGCGGUUGGUGAAUUACAUGAAUACGAAUUAACCUUUCUACUCCACACAUAUUGCUACAAAUAACUGCUUAAAGAUUAGCGCGAAUUGUUUUAAAACGUAAGCACGAACUAUCCGUAAUACACACACGACGAUAUUUUGUAAUGCUAAUGACGCAAUAAAUAUCUUUCUUAAGCAUAUGUAACUAUAUGUGUAUGCGGGGUACGAGCGGCGUUGGAUAUCGUUACAAAUUGUUAUACGUGUUACGCAUUGAUUCAUACGAGAUGUCACAUGUAUCAUAAUAAAAAAAAAAAAA